CGAACAUGGUGCUGAUGCCAUCGAUGAUCUCCCUGUAUUCAUUCACAAGGUUCGUCAUUUCAGACUUCAUUGAGUAUUCGAACCUGGAAAAGAUGAAAUCUCGAAACGAAGAGACGAUGGAUCUUCCUAGUCCUCCACGCGACAUCGCCAUGGUUGGCGCAGGCAUUGCCGGCAUUGCCUGUGCGCUGGCUCUCUCCCGAGAGCUCUCACCAUUCGUGCCAAACCUCAACAUCACAAUUUACAAACGACAUGACACUCUUUUCAACUUAGGCGGUGCAAUCAAUUUGACUUCCGUCGCACAACGGCACCUAGUAAAGCUAGGAGUCCUGGACGAGUUAGACCGUAUGGGCUCCGACGGUGGGGCUGAAGUGGAUGCGAUUGAACUUUUUUCAAUGUAUUCAGGUCGCUCAAUCGGCUCAAUUGACUUUAUUGAUCACAAUGGAAACGGCUUUGGCGGGUACAAGGGCCGCCGUGUCAUGCGAAUCAUUCUGUCCAUGGCCAUGAUGACAGUGAUCGAUAGGACUCCAAUUGUCAAUCUCGUCUUUGGCAAGAAAGUGAUUGGCGGUGAGGAAAUCAGCGACAAAGCCGUUAUUCAUUUCAGUGACCAAUCGGAAGUCAUUGUAGAACUCGUCAUUGGCUGUGAUGGUGUUCAUUCCGCUGUUCGUACCCGCUGGGUUGAUCCCGACUGCGCCUCUCAAUAUACGGGCAUGUCUUUCUUGCAAGCUACUCUCUCGGCAAACUCCCUCUUUCCACCGCAUUUCCAGUCAUCUGCGUUGAAUAUCUCCCGUCAUGGCUCGGUGUUGACGAGCUUCUGCGAUCGUGACCGCGAGCAAAUUUUUGCAACUGCCAUUUUUCAAUUCGAUCAAGCAGAUUUGAGCCACCAUCGCCUUGAGCCAGGUCAAGACUGGGCAACUAAGUAUCGGAUACGUCGGGAUCUGCGCUGCGAGAUGCGAUCUCGGUUCUCAAAAUCAGCGCUGCCCUGUAUCCGAGAGAUGGUGGAGAGUAAAGCGGAUUGGAUGCUUUACCCUGUUUAUCAAGUUCGACUGGGAGGACGAUGGUGUAUGAACCGUGUUAUCAACUAUGUGACAGCUACGGAGUACUUAGAAUUGGCCAAUCGGAGCAACGGAAUCAAAAGGGAAGACUGA